AGUGCAAAGAGUGACUCAGGUAAGCAAGAACGCUCCUUAUGAGAGAGCACCCCUGAUAGAGGGAAGCAGCGUGGCGGAGUGAGAGACACUGGAGGAGGAGCUAUAGAGCUGGGAUUUUUGAGGAGGAAGAAAAGAGGAGUCGCACAGAAACUGAAAAUCUGGAUUCCCAGGGUGGGCUUAAAGGGAGGGAUAGACAGGGAUACAAGCAAGACGGAUGUGGAGUGAUGCGAGCUCUGAUUGGAUAAAUCUGACAGACUAGAGAGCACUGAGAGGCACCACAGAAAAGAAAAUGACAUUUAGUUUUUGGAACAAGACUAUUCGGGGGGCUUAAGCCGGGGGGAGGCUGGAGGGGAGGUUUUUCGACAGGGUGAGUCGGGAUAGAGAGAGAGGUGAGGUGUGGUAGAGGGAGGGGAGAUAAACACAGGGUGGCAAAUGGACCACCUGUCCUUCUGACAUGAGGUGAGUACACACGUUAACACAAGAAGACAUACGAACCUCACGCACACAUACUUCUCUGCACAUCAGACUGGUCCACGGGAAAGAGCGCAGGACUUUGAAGAUGCUGUGAGAUGUUUGGCGUCCGGAUCACCUGAACUCAUCUGGGGACAUAACUUAUGAGAGGGACCAGCCAGAAGUGAUCCUCCCCUGAGAGAACCUGUGGACAUAAGAGAUUUUUCCUCCGGGAUCUCCCUGAAGAGGUGGCGAUCAGGUGGCUCACCUGUACAAUGAGGAUCCUGUGUAUGAGCCUGGCCUGAGACGACCCGCCCCGGAGGCUCCAUCAGCCUCUCCCCUCCUCUUUCCCGCAACUGGAUGUCUUGAUGUAUUGCUGUGGGCUGGGACACUGGCGGAGAGUACAGUCCACCCAUGGAGAACGUCAUGACUCGGACGUCGUCGAGGAAAGAAACGCCCAGGUGCAGUUGGAGAAGGCCAAGUACAAGCCUGUGGCAUUCGCAGUACGUUGCAACUUCUCUUAUACACCAGCAGACGAUGACAACGUUCCCGUACCAGGCCAGGCCGUCACCUUUGAGGCCAGAGACUUCCUCCAUGUCAAAGAGAAAUUUAACAAUGAGUGGUGGAUCGGACGGCCGGUGAAGGAGGAUGGUGUGGUGGGCUUCAUCCCUAGUCCAGUCAAUCUGGAAACCAUUCUCAUCAAAAGAGAAGUCCAGGCGAGGAAAGCUGCCAAGGCCUUAGCCAACAAAGCAGCGUCUCAAGUAGCUCAAGAUUUGAACUCAAAGAAAUAUACUCCUCCAUCACAAGCCAAUCAGCAGGUGAAAAAGAAACCGGGGGAGCAGGUGGCUAUGUAUGAUGUAGUGCCUACAAUGCGUCCUGUGGUUCUAAUGGGACCAUCAUUAAAGGGUUUAGAGGUUACAGAUAUGAUGCAAAAAGCACUAUUUGACUAUUUAAAACAUCGAUUUGAAGGCAGAAUUACUAUUACACGGGUAACAGCAGACAUCUCUCUGGCUAAACGGUCCAUCCUCAACAACCCUGGCAAAAAGGCCUUAAUGGACCGGUCGAACACCCGCUCCAAUUUAGAUGCUGCCGCCCAGAUCCAAGGGGAGGUGGAGCGUAUCUUUGAGCUCGCCCGCAGCAUGCAGCUGGUGAUUCUAGAUGCAGACACAAUCAACCACCCGCUCCAGGUGUCCAAGACCUCCCUGGCACCCAUCCUUGUCUAUGUCAAGAUCUCCUCACCAAAGGUGUUGACGAGACUGAUCAAGACUAGAGGGAAGUCACAGACCAAGCAUCUUAAUGUUCAGAUGGUGGCCGCAGACAAGCUCGCCCAAUGCCCGACGGAAAUGUUUGACGUCAUCUUAGAUGAGAACCAGCUAACUGAUGCCUGUGAGCACAUUGCUGAUUAUCUGGAGUCUUACUGGAGAGCCACUCAUCCACCAGAGAUGGAGCCUCCCAACACAAUGGUGGCCCAGCUGGCCGAGAAUACACUGCCCACCAGUCCUUCAGCAAUACCGGAUGGGCAGAAAAACAAGAAGUCAGCUGCCCCCAAGAGGAAGGGUUCCCGAGAGAACCAUUUAGACCAGGAGCAACCUUUAGCCCCAGCACAGGAGCAGAGGGCUGAGGAGGGCCAAAAAGAGGAGGAAGAGCAGCUACUGAGGACUGAAUCAAAGAGACCCCAGCACACCCACCACCAUCAUCACCGACGGAUGGAGCAUCACAGCCACAGCCAACACAACCAGACAUCCGGUGGCAUGGAAGUACGGUCGAGCAGAGAUUAUAGCCAGAGGCUUCCCCGCAGGCGCCUGCCUGAGGAGAGGGAGGAGGAGGUGGAGGAUGUGGUGGAGGAGGACGAGGAGGAGAAGCGCUAUAACCACCGAGGCCAUAACCACCACCAUCAUAACAGCAACCACCACCAUCACCACCACCAACAACAACAACAGCAUCACCGUGGGAACAUCCAGUCACACGUUAAGGAAGACUAUGAGCAGGAGCACAAUGAACGCAACCGUCAGCACAGACAUCACCAGCAUAUUCCACCACGGACACACCAAACAGGUCACUACCCUGCACACAAUCAUCACAACUACCACGGCAGAGACAGGGACAGAGACAGAGACAGAGACAGAGACAGAGACAGGGACAGGGACAGAGAAAGACACAAGGACAGGGAAAGAGACAGAGAUAGGGACAGAGAGAGAGAUCGAGGUAGAGAUAGAAACAGAGAUGCACGACAAUUGCACAGGGAUUCCUAUAUACACUAGUGACUGUUGUUUCUUCUGUGGUUGGUGCAUGGUUUCAUGCUGCUCAAGUUAUAAUGCACUAAUGGACAGGACAGAGUGUGUCAUCUUUGUAGAAAUGUUACUCCUCAUAUUGUUUGACUUUUUUUGUAUGCUCUGCCACUCACACACACUAUCCUUUGUUUCUCUGUUUUUUUCGUGUUAGUUCUUAUUUUCCUUAUUACAUUAGACAAGAUUAUUGCAACGUUGUGCUCAUGCAGCAUGUGUUUUUGAUUUUGCAUUGGUCACACAGGAUGUACAGAAGCCAAGAACAGUCGAGGUUGCAAUAAUUUCAUUUUAUCAAUUAAAUUACUUUUCUUGUUA